AUGGAAGUGGAGGCGAGUGCUGGCAGGGACAGCACCAGGAGGAGAGUAGCAGCAGCGGCGGCAGAUGAUGCCGGAGGAGGAGGAGGAGGCAUGGAGGCUCAGGUUGUACCGCUGGAGCUGUACGACUCUGCAAGAGCCAAAAUAGACGCAAAUCUCCGCUGGUUGUUUGCCAAAGCUUAUGGUAUAGAUCACAUCCCUGCUGACCUGCGGGACCCCUUCUACACUGACCAGUAUGAGCAGGAACACAUUAAGCCCCCCAUCAUCCACCUGCUGCUAUCUGGAGAGCUCUACUGCCGGGUGUGUGGGUUCAUCCUGCACGCUGAGCAGGCAGCCUCGCUCCAAAGCCAUCAGUCUGUCAUCCAGGCCCUCUCCAGGAAAGGCAUCUAUGUCCUGGAGACCGACAACACACCAGUCUCCAGUCGGGACCUUAGCUCGGCUCCCAUAAAAAUGAGCUCCCACAUCCACCUCAUUGAUGCCCUGAUGAUGGCCUACACAGUGGAGAUGAUCAGCAUUGAGAGGGUUGUAUCCAGUGUCAAGCGCUUUUCGAACUUCAGUGCCUCCAAGGAGCUGCCUUUUGACCUGGAAGACGCAAUGGUCUUUUGGAUCAACAAGGUGAACAUGAAGAUGAGGGAGAUCUCAGAAAAAGAGCUGAAAAUGAAACAACAUUUGCUGGAAUCACCUAGUCACCAGAAGUCUCCCUCCAAAUGGUACUGGAAGCUUGUACCUGUACGUUAUCGCAGAGAUCACCUGUCAGGUCGGACACUUCAACACUUCCCCCUGUUGGACGACCUGUUGAAGGAUAUUUCUGACGGCUCGGCACUACUAGCUUUGAUCCACUUUUAUUGCCCAGAACUCAUCAGACUGGAAGAUAUCUGUCUGAAGGAGGUCCCCUCCAUAGCAGACAGCAUCUACAACAUCCAGCUAUUGAAGGAGUUCUCUAAUGAAUACCUGAACAAGUGCUUCUAUAUGAAGCCUGAGGACAUAUUGUAUUCUCCACCAGUACUGAGGCAUAACAUGAUGGUGUUCAUUGCUGAGCUCUUCUGGUGGUGUGAGGUUGUAAAGCCUGACUUUGUACAGCCCAGGGACCUUCAGGAAAUCAGAGAUGUGAGAUUGCUGCUGCAGCCGAAGAGUUCUCGAAGCCAUGUACCCAUCUCCAAUGUCACUAAACGUAGUUUCCUGACAUCAUCAAACUCUGCUGACGUCUUGACCACGCCCCCAAGCCCUGACCUCGGCACUAAACAAAGCUCAUUAAGCCCAUCUCACUCUCUCCUGCCACUGAGACAGCGACAACAGAAGAGGCUUGAGGAUGACACUUCAGAGCUGAGUAAUCGGUCCAACUCUCUGACACGUUCUGAUGGGCAGAAUCAGGGAGCAGUACUGGCCUGGCCAGAGAGGAGGCAGAGACCCUUAUCACAGCCAGUCCCCUAUGCCCUCCACUUUCCUCUCGAGGAUGAUACAGACAACAUCAGCCUCGCUCGCUCCAUCAGCAAAGACAGCUUGGCCUCCAACAUUAUGAGUAUUACCCCCAGUCACUUGCUGGGGUCAGGAGCACUGUCUCAACACAGACUCUCUGGUCAAAGUCUUCUCAGUCACAUUCGAAUAGAGGAUGAGGAGGAGGAAAUAGAGGAGGAGGAGCUGGUUGCUGUUAUCCACCCUCCUGUGUUUUCCAGACAACGACUUGAGAGUGACAUGGAGCAGGAUGAGCUGGAAGUUCACAAUGCAACCCCCACCUCAAGGGUUUCUAAUAGUCGCUGCUCUCCUCGCCUUGAUGCGGGUCCUUUUACUCCAGACCACCAGGCAGACAGCUACUAUCUGGAGCCGUUGAUGCCUGCCGUCCCUAAGCCAGCCAAAGAGAAGAGCAUCAGUCUGAACAAGGAGGAGGAGAGUGGUGAGAGUCGCUCUAGAGCAGCGCUAGCUUACAGGAAAACAACCACCAGUGGCCCAACCACCUCACAGAAGAAAGCUCUGGUGUCUGAGGCAAACAGAAGCACUUUUACACCCACACCUAUGGCAGAAUCAGUCCCAAGCGCUCUAAGGCCACCCACGGAAGGGUCGACAGGCACCCCUCAGCCUGUGAAGAAACAGCCCCAAGGUUUUUUUCUUCAUUUGUCGUCAGGAGAGCUAGACCACCACAGUCCUUUAUCCAGUGGGAUGGAUGUAGGACUUGACUCUGACUCAGACAUUGCAGAUCUUGAGGAAGAUGAUGAGGACGAUGAUCAGAUGGAGCUGACUAGAGAGGUGGUGAGGAGAGGAAAGGGAAAAUUCUUAGAAGAGGGUGAGGUGUGUGUAUUUGGAGAGGGAGAGGGGGAGUCAGCCAAGCUGAGGGAAGACUUAAAGGUGAGUGAGCGGGAUGAUAAGGAAGACGGCAGUGGGCGCUCAAGUCCUUGCCUCAGUACGAUAUCCUGGGCAAGCAGCUGCAGUGCUUCAGGCAGCACUAGUGUCAAAAUGACCAGCUUUGCAGAGAGAAAGCUCCUUAAACUUGCCCUCCGUGAUGGAUUCUCAAGUACCAGCAGCUCCCAAAAGACCACACCAGAUGGCUCGGAGAUUACCCCCUGCCCUCCUUGGCAGCUGAGGAGUGAGGGCAGCUCCAGCUGGGUGGGGAAGGAGCCUGCUUCAGUGUUGGGAAAGAAUAUGAUGGUGAGUCCAUCAGUAGUGCCUUCAGAGCUGCUGCAACUGCACAUGCAGCUAGAAGAGCAAAGACGUGCUAUAGAGUAUCAAAAGAAGAAGAUGGAGACCCUAUCAGCACGUCAGAGACUAAAGCUAGGGAAAGCUGCAUUCUUAAACAUCGUGAAGAAGGGUGGAGGGAAGAGUGAAACACUUCCCCUGCCCCUGAAACACUCCACCUCCUCAGAACUAGCUGGUGCUGACAAGAGUAAAUUGAAAACCCAGUCCUGCAAAGAUGACUCCUGUCUUGAUGCUCUGAAAGUCCAGGCUAAGGCAGGUCAAACAGAUGGAGGAAAGAUAAACAGAGACAACAGGCUGAACACCUUGCCCCAGGGUAAUGGAGCUGAACCUGACAUGAAUGAAUGUUCCCGCUCCAUAGAUCUCCUCAAUGAAGCUAUUAGUUCUAUUCAGCAGCAGAUGAUGCAGCUCUCCUUACAACAAGACCGACUGAUGAAGCAGAGCGCGGCCUCACCGCCAGAUCCUGUACAAUCAGAACCUAGCACAACUCUCAACACAACACAAACCCCCACAUCACCCUCUACCUCAGACUCUAGAUCGUACGCAGUUCACUUUGUCGAUAUCGGUGGCAGCAAUACUGCUCCCACUCGCCGUCCUCCCAAACUUAGCUCCAGCCAACGCAACAAAGCCUCAGAGCGAAAGCAGACAAACGAGAACAGCAAGACGGCUUCGAUCAAGUCUGAUAGUCCAUGCACGCCCUCUCCUACAGAAUAUACUUAUGGUGGGCAGGAGGCAGGGAUUACUGAGAGCUCCAGGUUAGAGAGAGGCACCACCUUCAGAGUUCAUGAUGACCCCAACCAACGCAGCUGUGGAGAGGGAAAUGGGCGAUUCUCAGACAAACCCCAAUCACAGGACCCGCCAGUCAUCUCCAAUACAUCCACAUCUUUGUCACAGGCUGCAGAGAGAGAAGAGAACCAGGUUGGCAACUCAGGGACGGAGGCCAUAGGUGGAGGGGUCAAGGGUCAACUGAUUGAGGUCGACUUGUCAGAGCUUAAGGACUCAGUGAAAGAUGGCAGCACAGAUUUAACAGACUGCACAGCAGAGGGCGAGCAGAAGAAUGUACUAGGCUUCUUCUUUAAGGAUGAUGAGAAGGCAGAAGAUGAAAUGGCAAAGCGUCGUGCUGCCUUCCUUCUCAAACAGCAGCGCAAAGCCGAAGAGGCGAGAAUUCGCAAACAACAGCAAGAAGUAGAGAGUGAGGUUAAACGUGACGAGGCUAGGCGUAAGGCAGAAGAGGAUCGUGUUCGUAAAGAAGAGGAAAAGGCACGACGAGAGCUAAUAAAGCAGGAAUAUCUGCAGAGGAAGCAGCAAGCACUGAUGGAGGAGCAGGGUCUGGUCAAGCCUCGCCCACGGACUAAAUCCCGCAGGAGCAGGCCCAAGUCACUGCACCGAGAAGAGUCCAACAGCCUCUCCAAAGGAUCUGCCACACGUCAUUCUCUGAAGGUGUCCAUGUUGAUCAAAGCCCAGGGCUCAGCAGCAGGCUGCAGGGGAGCUGAUCUGAGCAGUCAUCGUGGAUCCACACUGUCUUUGGCUACUGAGGCAGACAGUGUCAUUUCUGGCGGGGCGGAGUCACAGAGGGCUGGAUCUGUGUGCUCUAUGGAGUCAUUCCCUAUGCUGAGCAGAGCAUCUAGCAGGAACAUGGAGAGGGACUGGGAAAGUGCGUCCAUAGCCUCUUCUAUCACUUCAACAGAGUACAAUGGUCCGAAACUUUUCAAAGAGCCAAGUUCCAAGUCCAACAAGCCAAUCAUCAUCAACGCCAUCGCACACUGCUGCCUGGCCGGAAAGGUCAAUGAGGGUCAGAAGAAUUUUGUUCUGGAGGAGCUGGAGAAGUGUGAGUCCAAUCAUCUGAUCAUCCUCUUCCGUGACGGCGGGUGCCAGUUCCGCGCCAUUUACUGUUUCUCACCAGACACUGAGGAGAUCGUCAAAUUCACAGGCACAGGGCCACGCUUUAUCACCCGGAAGAUGAUUGACAAGCUCUACAAGUACAGCUCGGACCGCAAGCAGUUCACCGUCAUCCCCGCCAAGUCUGUCUCGGUCAGCAUAGACGCCCUGACCAUCCACAAUCAACUCUGGCAGGCCAAGAGACCAGGCAGUGCACGGAGGAAGUGA